AUGGCCAGCGCUCACCCUGGUUCAUUGCCCAGUCUCCAGCUUGUCUACACCUGGUCUAUACCGGGCCAUCUGGGUCCCUGGAGCCUGAACAGAGUUAUCACGUUACAGCUCGGCUUCCUGAGACAGGACGGUGGGGGGCAGAGAUUCCUUCAGACCCAAACGUGGUGGCCGCCUCCAGUUGGAACAUGUCCAGUGGCGCUGAAAGAGUGUGUGGCUACCAACACCUAUGGCACAGUAUCUACCACAGGAAUCCUGUUUGUCAAGUUUGAUCCGGCUCCCACCCCUCUGCCUGGAAGGCCUUCACCAGAGGAUUUUGAAGAGGAAGGAUUCUGCCAGCCGUAUAGAGGGAUUGCGUGUGCUCGCUUCAUAGGAAACAGGAGUAUCUUCGUGGACUCACUGCAGAUGCAGGGCGAGAUUGAGACCCAAAUCACAGCGGCGUUCACCAUGAUUGGCACCUCCAAUCACCUGUCAGAUCGCUGCUCCCAGUUUGCAAUCCCGUCCUUGUGCCACUUUGCCUUCCCGACAUGUGACCGCAGCUCUGGCAUGGACAAACCGCGGGACUUGUGCAAGGACGAGUGUGAGAUUCUGGAGAAUGACCUGUGUAAGACAGAGUACAUCAUUGCUCGUUCCAACUCCCUCAUCCUCAAGCGCCUCAAACUGCCCAACUGUGAAGACCUGGCCGCUUCGGACAGUCCCGAGGCUGCCAACUGCAUGAGAAUAGGCAUUCCAAUAGCUGAGACCAUAAAUAAAAGCCACAAAUGUUAUAACAACAGUGGUUCAGACUACCGCGGGACAGUCAGCGUGACUAAAUCUGGUCGUCAGUGUCAGCCGUGGAACUCGCAGUAUCCCCACAGCCACACCUUCCUGGCCAUGCGUUACCCAGAGCUCAACGGGGGACAUUCCUACUGUCGCAACCCCGGCAACAAGCACGACGCUCCCUGGUGCUUCACCCUAGAUGAGAGUGUGCGCAUGGAGCUCUGCAACAUUCCUCCAUGUGAUUUGCCCAAGCAUGGCAGCAGCAGUAUGGGGAUCCUGUACAUUCUGGUACCAAGCGUUGCUAUUCCGCUAGCCAUCGCCCUGCUGUUCUUCUUCAUCUGUGUGUGUCGAAACAACCAGAAAGCCUCACGUCCACCAGCCCCACGCCAGCACAAACCGGUACGCGGUCAGAACGUGGAGAUGUCCAUGCUCACGGCAUACAAACCAAAGAGCAAAGCCAAAGAGCUUCCUCUGUCUGCAGUGCGCUUCAUGGAAAAGUUGGGCGAGAGCAACUUUGGUAAAAUCUACAAAGGCCACCUGUACCUGCCAGGCAUGGAGCAAGCUCAGCUAGUGGCCAUAAAAACACUGAAGGACAUCUCAAGUGCACAACAGUGGGCCAAUGUGGUUUGUCUGCUGGGUGUCGUGACCCAGGAGCAGCCCGUCUGCAUGCUCUUCGAGUUCCUAGCUCAAGGGGACCUCCACGAGUUUCUCAUCAUGCGCUCUCCCCACUCAGAUGUGGGCUGCAGUAGCGAUGAAGACGGUACCGUCAAGUCCAGCCUCGACCAUGGAGACUUUCUUCACCUGGCCAUUCAAGUCGCAGCCGGGAUGGAGUACCUCGCAAGCCAUUUUUACGUCCACAAAGACCUUGCGGCAAGAAACAUCCUGGUUGGUGAGCAACUUCACAUCAAGAUCUCCGAUCUUGGCUUGUCAAGAGAAAUCUACACCUCAGAUUAUUACAGAGUCCAGCCCAAAACGCUCCUUCCUAUUCGCUGGAUGCCACCAGAAGCCAUCAUUUACGGGAAAUACACAACAGACUCUGACAUUUGGGCCUUCGGUGUGGUUCUGUGGGAGAUCUUCAGCUUCGGCCUGCAGCCCUAUUAUGGUUUCAGCAACCAGGAAGUGAUGGAGAUGGUGCGGAAGAGGCAGCUGCUGCCCUGCCCGGAGGAUUGCCCCCCUCGCAUGUACAUGCUGAUGGCUGAGUGCUGGCAGGAGGGUCCCGCUCAACGGCCGAGAUUCAAAGACAUCCACGCCCGACUACGUGCUUGGGAGGGUCUGUCUUCCCACGCCAGCUCCAGCACACCAUCAGGAGGCAACGCCACCACCCAGACUACCUCUCUGAGCGCCAGCCCCGUCAGCAACCUCAGCAGCCCGCGCUAUGCCGGAUACAUCUACGGACCUCCACAGAGCCUUGUACCGGGACAAAUCGCGGGCUUCAUGGCAGCGCCGAUGCCUCAAAACCAGCGUUUUAUACCUGUAAAUGGAUACCCUAUCCCAACAGGCUAUGCUGCCUUCUCUGCUGCCCAUUUCGCUCCAACUCAGGGCCCUCCACAGAUGGUGCAGCACGGCCCUCCGCCGAAGAGCCGGUCACCCAGCAGCGCCAGCGGCUCAACCAGCACUGGUCACGUGACCAGCGUCCCCUCCACAGGCUCCAAUCAUGACGCCAAUACACCUUUGCUUUCUCAUUGUGUCACACUGACACCCAUGACAGCAGUGUCAGGUGGCACAAUGCCAGUUUUUGGACAUAUGGCACAGAAGACUAUGCAAAUAGACCCAAGUCAAGCAGUGCUGCUGGCUGACACUAACAGACUGAUGUACAGUGAAUCCAUCAUUACUGCCGAUUUGUGAAUGCAUGUGUUGUCCUGUAUAUUGAUUUAUUGAAUUAUUGAUAUUUUAAUGUUUUUUUCUUCCUUGUAAAUAUGAAAUAGCCUGAACAAAAUGCGAAAGUUUAUAUUUUGUUGUUUUAUAAAUGUGUUUUAAAGGAAACUUGUAUAUUCACAAAUUCUCUGUGAAGUUCAUGCCACUUUUUCAGCUUAGUAUGACUAAACAUGGCCUUAAAAUGUCCUUUUUUUCAAACAGAACUUUGAAAUCAUGCUCUUUCAAGGUUAUUUUCGACAGAGCUGUGGGUUUAUCACCAGUUUUGUCUGCUUUUUCACUCAUCGACGACUUCCUGGAAGGCUUCAGAAUGUCUUGGUCUCUGUCCUGUCGUUGCAUUUUGGACUUAUUGAAUCAGUUAAAUUGCAUUAAUACUGCGUUGAAAUCCAACCCUAUAGCCGACGUUUCCAAAUUAAGGUAAUAGUUUUGCAAAAAUAUAUCACUGAUGCCUUAACAUGAAAAAAAAUGUUGCUUUAAUUAUAGCCACCAUAUGUGCCUGCAUGUUAUUAUAAAUUUAGGCAUUUGUACAUGUGGGAGAGAAUGUGUUCUGUGACAUUCUUCUGUUUCUGUGGUGGCAUUCAAGUCAUUUCAACACACGAGACACACCAGGGCUGCGUUCGCUGUAAGCCAAUAAGCCAGUGACUUCUCAGGCAACAUUUGCGUUUCUAAGGUACAUCCUGAAACUGAGUUCAGCAGGCUUCUGAAGUGGCAUAACAGCCUAAUGAUCUACAACAAAAUAGC